UUUCAUCCUUCAAAACUUCGCUUCAGCUUCUUCAUCUUCCUAAUCCUCUUCCUGCAUUUUCCCCGCGUGUGUAUGUGUGUAUGCUCCUUCCACUACCCACAUACAUACAUACACACAUACGUGUAUUCUCAUACUAUACGUACAUAAAUUCCUAAGUCUCUCCAUUUUUCCUAUUCCUCUUCGUCGCCGGUAAUUCGCUCAAUCCCUAGCUCUUCUCCGAUCAGAUCAUGGCCUCGCAGGUUAACGACGCAAACGGUGCCGUCAACGGUGCCCUCGGAAACGCCGAGAAGCUUAUUAUCGAUACCGACCCUGGGAUCGGACUGGCAUUUUUGUGAUUCUGCAGAUGAUAGCAUGGCCAUUUUGAUGGCUUUUCAAAGUUCCGAGGUUGACGUUCUGGGUUUGACAAGUGUCUUUGGCAAUACAACUACGGAACUUUCGACACGCAAUGCUUUGCUGUUGUGUGAGAUCGCAGGCCGUGAAGAUGUUCCAGUUGCAGAGGGCAGCUCUGGGCCAUUGAAGGGUGGAACGCCUCGUGUUGCUGAUUUUGUUCAUGGUAAAGACGGUCUAGGGAACACACUCCUACCUUCACCUAAAGGUAAGAAAAUUGAGAAGAGCGCUUGUGAGUUUUUGGUAGAGAAAGUCUCUGAAUAUCCUGGCGAAGUAUCUGUGCUAGCACUUGGACCACUAACAAAUUUGGCUUUGGCAAUCAAAAGUGAUUCAUCGUUUGCAAGCAAAGUGAAGAGAAUAGUUAUACUCGGUGGUUCAUUCUUUGCCUUGGGCAAUGUGAACCCUGCUGCAGAAGCAAAUAUCUAUGGAGACCCAGAAGCCGCAGACGUUGUGUUUACCUCUGGUGCAAAUAUUGUUGUUGUCGGAAUAAACAUUACAACCCAAGUCCAAUUCACAGAUGCUGAUCUCCUUCAAUUGAAAGAAUCUCAAGGAAAGUAUGCUCCCUUCUUGAGUGAGAUAUGCAAAUUCUACCGGGACUGGCAUGUAAAAUCUGAUGGUGUCCAUGGAAUUUUCCUCCACGAUCCCGUCAGUUUUGUGGCACUUGUGCGUCCAGAUCUUUUUACAUACCAGAAAGGGGUUGUGAGGGUAGAGACACAAGGCAUCUGUGUUGGGCAUACACUUCUAGACCAAGGAUUGAAAAUCUGGAAUACGAGCAACCCAUGGACAGGUUAUUCUCCUGUUUCAGUUGCUUGGACCGUGAAUGUCGAGGGAGUUGUUGAUUAUAUCAAGGAGCUGCUGAUGAAAACCUGAAGUAUAGGCAUUUGUACUAGUACCCUUCUCACAGCUUUCAAAGCUUUGGAAAUUCAUAACAGUAUAGCUUCUUAAUUGCAAAAUUAUGUAUAAGGUCAUUUUCUUUAUUCCAUUCUAUGUCAAUCAAAACUGAAUAUUAGAAUUCACAAUGUUUCCAAUUUCCACCUUCAAAGCUGAUAAAUUCUAAUCCCAUUCAGAUAAAAAUUUCAUGUACCAAUGAAAUUCUCUUCGCAUGAA